AAAUAAGUCACUUAGAAUAUGUCUGAAUUUUUUAAUAACUUAAGUCAAAGAAUUAAAGAAAAGACAAAUUAUGAAGAAAAAACUUCAGAAAAAAAGAAGUUAAAAGAAUAACUUUUUCGUAAAGAGCUACAAAAAGCACAACAACUUAUUGCUUAAGAUUAACCUAUUCCAAAGAGACUCAGAUUUGAUGUUGUUUAUCACUUAAAAGUUUAUAUGAACUCUGAUGAAAUUAGAAAAUUAAAUUAGCUUAAAGAUGAGUAUUCUUCAUCUUCAUACAAAGUUUCUGCAAUUUCACUUCUUAAUAUAGUUUGUGUUUCUGCUUUUAUUAAAGGAUUUAUGAAUUUCAAAUGGUAUACUAAAGUAGGCAUAGCUUCAUUUGUAUUUUGUUCUUCUCAUUACAUUGGUAUGUACUAAAUAGAACAAAAAACUCAAAACUUUUAAGAAUAAAUAAUUUAAACUUACAAGCAGUAGUUUUUGGAUUCAAAUUUUAUCAAAAAUUAGCUCAUUUAUGAUAUUUCUUAACCAGAUCCUCAUCUUUAGACAAAAAAGAAAUUAUUAGAAUAAAAUUAAAAGUUACUUUAAACCUAAGAAGAAUCAAGUGAUUGA